AUGACCUGGUUGACAAACGUACGCCGUCACACAAACGUUGGUGUUCUGUCCAGGUUCGCGCCGUCACCUUCGGUGUCGCUCAUCUAUCGACGGACCCUUGAGCGUCAUUUAGGAGUAACCAAUUUUAGGCGUGGCACUUUGGCCGAUCCAACUUGUACAUUACGAGAACGAGCCCAGGCGGAUCUGCAUUCCAACUGCUUCCUUCUCGUCCCUCUUAUGCCACUCUGUCAAUCCGUCUCGAGAAGGAAUAGCCACUUGACCAUUGAUGAUACAAGAUUAGUUGUAUCGAGACAUUCCAGCAGACGGCCGAGCUGCGGAUCGGCGAUGUUGACCAAAGAUCGGUGA